UGGAAAUAAAAUUAUAAAAUGCGGGUAUUACAUAGAUUAAUAGAAUUAUAAAUCCAUUUUGUGGUUUACAGCAUAAGUUUCCAGUCAUUUCUAUGAGGUGUGAACUCUCCAGUAGGUGGCGGUAUGAACCUCUAAGAGGAACACAACACAAUACGACAGGAAGAAGAAGAUAAUAAUACGGAAGUGUCGUAAUCGUUUUGUUUCACACGGAAACGACAGACUUUUGACAACAGGAAAGAGUGCUAUUUUUUUUUAAUUGUAUUCGCGGUACUCCAGCUGUCUACAAGCACAGUCUACGCUGCUUUAAAUGUAUUAGAGCUGCUUCGGCUAACUGCAGCUAUAUAGCUACCACUUUGAGAUAUUUGCCCCGACUAGGUCUGUUAAAUAGCCCGUUUGCGUUGCACAGAGUAUCUGACAGCAACUAUUAAAUGGCCUGCACUUUAGAAAAACUGUUGGGCGACGCUCGGACCCUUCUCGAGAGGCUGAAAGAGCACGACACGGCCGCCGAGGGUCUCAUAGAGCAGUCCGGGGCCCUCAGCGAGAGAGUCCAUAGUAUGAGAGAAGUGGGAAAUGCCCUUCCCGACAAGCACAUAGAAGACAGUUCAGAGAUUCAGGAGCUCACGAAAUACAAGCCACAUGUCCUUCUGACUCAGGAAAACACUCAAAUCAAGGAACUACAACAGGAGAACAAAGAACUAUGGUUGUCUCUUGAAGAACACCAGUACGCACUAGAGUUGAUCAUGGGUCGGUACCGCAAGCAGAUGCUCCAGCUAAUGAUGGCGAAGAAGGAGCUAGACACCAAACCUGUGCUCAGCCUCCACGAGGACCACGCCAAAGAAGUGCAGAGCCAGCUGGAGCGGAUAUGCGAGAUGGGCCAAGUGAUGAGAAGAGCAGUGCAAGUGGAUGAUCAGCACUACUGCUCUGUUCGAGAAAGGCUCGCUCAGCUAGAGAUUGAGAACAAGGAGCUGCGAGACCUCUUGGUCAUCAGCAAAAGCUCUGUGAAGACAGCGAGAGAAGAAACCAGCCACCCAGCAGCAGAUGCAGCAGAAGAACAGUCUUCUCAGCCAGACUCCGACGAGUGAUCAGAACAUAGAUGUGAAUAGUGGAACAUGAAGUCCUUAAGGACCAGGGGACAGGGUGUGAUGGGAUCUUCACGUGUGUGUUCACCGCCACGUUACUAUAUUCUUUUACAUAAGACUGAAUGCAGUCAGACAGUAUAUUUUUUAAUAAUAAAAGCCACCACCUUACCACAAGGCUAUCAGAAGCAUUUACCUGCGUGUUGACUGUUGAAAGUAUUCAUAUGUGCAUCACAGCAGUUGUAUUGAAGUGAAUUCAACUUAAUUUCUCUAUCACUAUCACUUAUAAUAAGAUAAUCCUUUAGUUGAUCCCAUAGUGGUGAAGGGGAUAAGUACACGUACAGUGGUAGAGGCAAAGGGGAUUUAUUUUGUUUUUGCCCAAAGAUGCAUUUACUCAUCAAGGACAUGAUUUUCUACCUCUUUGGUUCCCCUUUGAUGUUCACACACGAGCUCGUCAUGAGUUAAAUGCUCAUUACCACCCCUUCUGUGAGUUCAUUUAAAGUCGAUUAAGAAACCAGCUCGUAAUACAGACAAUGUAAAAAGCUGGGAUCUCUGCCAAGAUGACGACUUUUCACAGUUUGCCUGCUGACAAGUGAACAGUGGAAACUUGGUAUGUCAUUGUCUCUCAUUUGAUGAAUUUGACAUGUUUGUCAGUGUAUUUGUAGAAUUCAUAUAUAUCAUGAUGUUUGUGUUUAGUAUCUUGAACACCAGUUUUCUAGUUUUCCGAUGCAGAGUACCAUACACCAGCUGAUGGCACAUUUAUUUGUAGUAAUGAUUCAAAACAUGCCUAUAUUUUGUGUGUAGUGAAUACGACAUGUUUGCACACUGUAUGUUGUCGGAAACUGUUUUGUCAUCUCAGGAAAUCAGUGUUAAUAAGAUGGAACAUGCUGUAAUGACUUCAUGACAGUGUAUUGAUUUGUGUCAAAUGAAAAUUUGUGUCAUUUAGAAAAUUUGCUGUGCAAAACCGUG